GCGUCAUAACGUCACGGGCCGUGCACACACAAGAGCACAAGUAACGCACCAUCGCCGAAGCGAGGUGGCAUGAUGCGAAGGAAUUUGGAUCGUGCGAACUUUGUACAAAUAGUCACAGAGUGGACGCGCGAUGCGUUGUACGUCCCACGGCCAGAGAUAACGCCGAUGUAGUGUCGAGCCCGUGAAUAUAUCAGUUAACAAUCGCGCGCGCGCUGGGAUCAUACACCACCACCGUCGUCGUUAUCGUUUGAUUUCUCCUUUCGUGGGGCGCGAGAGAAACCGCCGCGCGCUGCUGUGACCCGAAAACGGAGUCACCUUGUAGUUUUGAUUUGUUUUUUUUUUUUUUUUUUCGGAAGUCGGAAGAACGACGAUUCUAUUUCUUCCCUCCAUCAUAAGCAAGGCCUCGCACGUUCGCCUUCUUCGUUCAGCGCGCACAGAAAGGACACAGAAGUGGAAACGGUGAACGGUCGAGCGAAGUGACGCUCGGCUAGCAAAGGUGAGCCACACACUGGGGAUCCCUUUAUUUCGUGACAGCGAUCCAAGCACAAAGGGAUGCCAUCAAAAUGGGCUUGGAUAAUUUUUAAUCUCAUGAUUUGCGCGACCGCGUCGCUGGAAAAUGACUCAGUCAAGGCUUUCUUGGAUUUAACUGAGUUCGAUUACGAGGAUACUUGUUCGAAUACGGCUGAAGCCGAAUGGUCGUUCAUUAAUUCUCCGUCCAAUGAAACGCUGUCCAUAUGGGAAGAGAAAUUAAUUAGUUUUGCUACUUUCAAGAGUAUACAAAGAAACGAAGUUAUUAAUAUUUCCAGGAAUGUUAUAGGUGAUCCAUCUUUACAGUACAAGUAUGAGAUUGCUGAGAAAGCAGGUGAUGCUCUACUGAAGAGCGACGAUUUUAAAACACUUGUCCACUUUGCUGCGACAACAGAGUUUCAAAGAUUAUCUAUUGUGCAUAGAGGAGUCUUAAAUAACCACACACGUAAAGAUGUGGAACGUGUAUUGGCUCUUAACAACAAUGUUGAGAAGAAGAACAAUGUUUGGACAGCUUGGCAUAAAGAAUUAGUUCCACUAGCUACAAAUUUCUCAAUUGUCCUCCCACUUGUUGAAGAAGCUGCCAAAGAAAAUGAUGCCAAAGAUGUUACACAAUACUGGGAAUUAUUAAGUGGAUACACAGAUGGUUAUGAAAAAGUCAAAUACGAAUGGAGUAAAAUUACUAAUCUUCACAAAAAAGUAUUGAAAUAUGUAAUGAACAACUUGUCUCGCAAAUACAAUAUUGAUAUGAAUGAAACAAUCCCAGCUUAUUUACUUGGAUCACUACAAGGAAGUGAUUGGACUCCUCUAUCGGUAGACACAUCACCUUAUCCAGACUUAAUGUAUAACAUAAAAAAGAAUCUUUGGAGAAGGAAACUCUUGGGAAGGUCGUUGUAUAAAACUGCCUCGGUUAUGGGCACACAGUUGUUACACCAAGUUCCAGAAGCUGAUUUUUGGAAUAAAAGCAAUUUCAAUCAGCAGUGUCCAUCUAAAAUAAUUAAUUUCUGCGACGAUGGUAUUAUGAGAGUAUCUACUUGUUAUGAACCCACAUUGAGCAACUUUCUCUCUGCCCAUAAAAAUGUAGGAAUUGUAUUCAAUCAAAUGACUUUGGAGGCUAAUCCAGUACUUAAUAUAGCUAAUCGUUAUUCUGCCUUGGAAGAUGGUGUAUCGGAACUAUUUAGCAUUCUGGCAGCCAGUCCUGCUUGGUUAAACUACACCCGUGUUACGGAUAAUUCUACUGAUAAUCAACAACAUUUAAUGGUGUCGCUAAUGAUUACCGCGUUGAACGUAUUACCCCGACUGGCUUAUUAUAUGUCUGCAGACAUGUGGAGAAUUAAUGCUAUUGAAACAGGCAGUACAAAGACCGAGGAUUUAAUAUCAUCUUGGUGGAAAUACAGGCAAGAAUACGAAGGUAUUGAUGCUAACGGCACUGAAAUUCCCACGUUUUUAAAUGACGAUUACAUCACCAGUAAUAAACCGUACCUUCCUAAAUUAACUGGCACACUUCUCGCCUUCCAAUUCUACCAACAUCUAAUGGAGUCCACGGAAGUCAGAUACGACUCAAUAAUAGGAAAACAAAUGAAGGCUGAAUUCAUAAAGAUGAUACAACAUGGAGGUGCCGACGAUUGGUCAAGAGUAAUCAACAAGUACCUAGAAAUAGAUGAAAUCACCUCUGAUCCACUUCUGUCGUUCUUCGCUCCUCUAGAAGAUUACGUAGACGAACUAGAAGAAGAUUUUCCAUACAAGGCAGUCAUUGCCAAGGAAUCAGAGCUCGAAGAAUUAGAGAAGAAGAUCUUUGAAGAAGUUAAUGCUCCUACAACGAUCACAGUAACCACCACAUCAACUACCACUCCAAAAAGUGUAGUUAGCCGACAGAAAGUGACUAUCAAGAUGCCUGAAAAUAAACAAAAUAACGGAAGGAGUGACAUGAACGCCGUAUCCGGUAGCACUAAGAACCUAGAGUCUAAAUCGUCCGUACACGUGGCAGAGGAAAAACCAGAUACCCAUAAAGUGUUAGCGCCAGAAUCGUCAACUAAAGUUCCUCCUGUUGAGUCAUUAUACGAUAACGAUGACGCUGAACAAGACCAGAAACCAAAGAUAAGUACUAGUAAAGCAGUUUGGGCGGUAGGAGCGGUGCUCCUUGCGACAAUAGUGAUUUGUAUAAUAGCGAUCUUCGGCCGGCAAAGAUGUCGUAAAACGCCAAAAAAUAGACGAUACGUAUAACAGUGUAUACCACCACACCCAACCAUCGAGGAAGUAUAUUUAUUCUUGCAUUUAGGUCGUAAGGAUUUCUACCCCCGAAUACGUUAUUAAUUGUCACAAAAGCCCAUUGUCAACAUAGAAAGACAUUUACUAAUUCGCAAUAUUAGAUAUUGUGUACAUUCCUUACGUUGCUCGUUGGAAAAACCAAACUAUGGAGGCUAUUUUCUCAUCAAAGUUUGUCUGACGAGCAGUACACGAAUGUCAAUGAAGAGAAUUAGAUGUUGAAUACAAGAGACAUGGAAAGUAUUAAUCAUUUGUUAUUUUUUUCUCAUUGAGGAAAAGUUAUUCAACUUAA